AAUCAGUUAAUUAACAUUGAUUUUACCGGUAUUAAUCUCCGGCAAGUUUUGCAAUGCACAGAUUUCUGUUCGAUUUACUGUAAACUGUUUGUCUGCUAUAGGAAAACAUGGCAUGAAAAACGUAAGUGAGCGCGCGCCGCUUUACAUAAGUAAUCCACCACACCACGCUCUGCGACUGGUUCAGACACUCAACUUUAUCCGCCUACUGUCAUCGCAACUGAGCAGUUAGCAUAACAAACUCCCCAAUCAACGCACCAAUCAUAGGCGGAGCCGGAUGCACCACAUAUAUAUACGGCAUAUACAUCUAAACGCGCGAGCGCUUGAAGCUUAUAUACACAAGAAUAGGAUCGCUUUGAUACACAAACUUUAAUCUAUUAGGAUUUGUCGGCAAUUGUGUUCGCAGAAGGUGAUUCUGUUUACUGGAUUGGUGCUACAGUCCUCGUGAAAACUGCCAAGUAUGGACUAUUUAAAUAAGGCGUGCAGUACUGUAAAUACAACAACGUUUUCCCAAUUUUUGCCCGUCUGUUGAUUAGCGCACGACACUUUCUGAUUGUGAGUUUUCUCCUCAACGUUGCACGGUGUGGAUACUAUGUUGCUCAACGUUGACAUGGCUGAAGCGCACGUACGACAAAACAUGAACGGCAGCCCGUUGUCCAUUGCCAGCUCAGACGACUCCCAUAGCAAGCCGACCUUAUCGGCGGGCGCGUGUUUGACUGCAUCUCAUGAAUAUGACCAGGACGACAAUGUUUCCGAUCAUGAUGAAAGUAUUGACCUUGACAUGGAUCCCGAUGAUAAUGUGAUUAAAUCCAGCAAUAAUCCAGACGACAAUGAUCCUUCGUCUGAGGGAAAGUCGACUUUUGGCAAGAAGAAUGUCCAUCAAAAACCAGCUUACAGUUAUAUUGCCCUUAUCACAAUGGCUAUACUUAAUGCACCUGACAAAAAAUUGACGCUGUCGGGCAUCUGCGAGUUUAUCAUGAAUCGAUUCCCGUACUAUCGCGAGAAGUUUCCAGUUUGGCAGAACAGCAUACGGCAUAACCUUUCCCUCAACGACUGCUUCGUGAAAAUUCCCCGCGAGCCUGGCAACCCGGGCAAGGGCAAUUACUGGACAUUGGAUCCACAAAGUGAAGACAUGUUCGAUAACGGCAGCUUUUUACGUCGCCGGAAGCGUUUUAAACGCCCGCAACCGGAGCCGUAUCGGGACCAGAACACCGUCUUCCUAGGCGAUCCCUACACUGCUCGUUUACUGGGCCAUCACGGUGCGCCGUACCCCUGCAUCCAUCCGGCCGCUAUGCCCUUUCUACCUAAUCCUCGCGCGCCCUUCACACUGCCCAUACCUGCCGCGCCUCCGAUGCCGGUUGUACCCCAUACUAUGCUGCACCACAGCCCUUUGCAGCCGACGGCCAUUAAGCUGCCCAGUUCGCCGGCUACAACAUCCAAAUCGUCGGCAUUUACCAUUGAUAAGCUGAUUGGGGAUACAAAAAGCACAUCAUCAUCGCCGGACAGUAGUAAGAACACAAAUAUUACUGCACCGACAUCCCCGAUUAAAUCCAUUUCACCCCUGCCUGUUAAUGCCCUGCAAUCGGCUUGGGCGCGUAGUAUGGCGGCUACAAUGCAGCAGCGUAACCUUCCCUUUACAGCAGCACCCGGUUUCCUGCCCAAUAUGCAUUCACAAGAUUUUGAGAGGUAUCGCCAGUAUAUGAACUUGUUUCCUUUCUGGCAUAAAUGAGCUUUUGACUGGAGAAUAGUUAAUACAGAUGCCUUAAAUAUGUUACUUCGCAGUUAUCUAUACUAAAAACAGCGAUUUAAUCUGACAUUUUUGUAUGCGCUAUUCAUUUUUUUCUCACAUGGAGUGGAAUUGAAGUGGUAAUAAAAAUUGGUUAUUA